AUGUCGAGCUAUAAACUACCUCCAAUUGCCAACCUUCCAGCGUUGUCAACCGCCGAACGCGUUGCGGUUCUCGACGCCCUCUUUGAGCCUUGCACAGCCUUACACACGCUCACGCUCGACCUUCUCCACACAGCGAAAUUCCAAACUUAUAAUGAUCUCAUUGCAACUGUUGGAGCCCAGUUGACGGGCCUUGCAGCGAGCCCUUCUACAAGUGACACCGAGUGGCUGGACAAGAUCCUAGGCGCCCACCCCCGGCUUGGGGAGAAGAAGGUUGAUAGUGCACAGUCAAAGGCAGAGCAAGCUCAACUGAAUACUGGUGGCGAGGAAGAGGCCGCUCAACUGCGACAGCUAAAUGAGGAAUAUGAGAAGACCUUUCCCGGGCUCAAAUAUGUUGUAUUUGUGAAUGGAAGGUCACGGCCUGUAAUCAUGGAGAACAUGCGUCAAAGGAUAGCUAGGGGAGAUAUAAAGCAAGAGAGGGCAGAGGCUAUAAAGGCAAUGUGUGACAUUGCAGCGGACCGCGCAGUUAAACUUCAGGCACCAUAA